AUGGGUCAUUUAAGUUCAUUACUAAGAAAGAAUUGGAUUCUAUGGAAGAGAAACUGUUUCUGUUCAACUUGUGAAAUAAUAUUACCAUUAUUAUUAAUAUUGGCAUUAGGAGGAAUAAGGUUUGAGUUUAUUAUAAUAUUAAAAGAGGUGUAGUAGAUAAAAGUAUUUUGGAGGAGACAGCCUUUAUAUAACCAGAAUUAGAUUGGAAAUCUAAGGAUCCAAAUGUUCCAGUGAUAUUAGAGCCAUUAAUUGAUGAGAAAGUAAUUGAAAAUAAGUUGAUGGCUAUGUAAAAAUGGAACGCAAGUUUAAAUUUAAUUGAGAACUUAAAAAGUUUGGAUACAUAGAGUAGAUUAUUAGUGUUACCAAAGAUGAAGUAAGAAAUAAUUGAAUAUUUUAGAAAUUGUUUAGAUAAUUACAACUAUUAAUAGGAGAGAUUUUGGCUAAAUGGAGAUGUAGCACUUGGACCAAAUGAAGAACAUGAGGUAGUAAAGGAAUUAAAGUAUAUAUUUGAAAGUAAGAAAUAAAUAAGAUUGUUUUAGCCUAUUAUAAUUAUAAGACAAUAAUAUUUAAAAAUAAUGAUGAUCUUAAUGAUUAUACAUCACAUAAAGAUUAUGGUAGAAAUGGGAAUCCUAGAGUUUGUUUUGGAGUAAUGUUUAAUGAGAGUGCUGGAGAGAAUAUUUAUGAUUAUUAAUUGAGAUUUAAUUCUAGUGGAUUUAAUAAUUAUGAAAUACCUCCAACAAAUUUAAUAGAAGUGGAUCCAGUAAAAUAUUAAGAUUAUGAUAAAACUAAUACAUAUUGGAAAUCCGGUAUGUUAACAGUUUAAACCUUUGUUGAUAAUAUAAUUCUAAGGAUUGAAACAAAAAGUUAAGCAUAAAUAAUACCAAAAUUUACAUAUGGUAUAAAUUUAUAAUAAAUAAAUAAGUUCAUUAAUAGGAAGGAGUGAAAGAUGAAUUUGCAACAUUUCUGAGAGGCCAAUUUGGUGUUUAUUUGAUAUUACCUCUAAUAAUUAUAUAUUUAAGAAUGACUUAUGCAAUGAUAUAUGAGAAAGAAAAGAAACUUAGAGAAGGUAUGAAGAUGAUGGGAUUAAAUAAUACAUCUUUUUAUUUAUCAUGGAUAAUUUAAUAUGUAAUUAUCUAUACAAUAAUAUCAAUAAUUGCUACAAUAUUAUUGACUGCUAUAGUAUUUACUCACACUGAUGGAUUUGUAUUAUUUUUAAAUUAUUGGCUAUUUUGUAUGGUGUUAAUAUUCUAAUCAAUGUUUAUAAGGUAUUAAAUUUAAUUUAAAGUUUUAGUGUAUUUUUUACAAGAGCAUUAUUUGGAUUAAUAGUAGCAAUAGUUUGGUAUUUACUGAUGUAUAUGGUAAUAAGUUUAGUAGGAAGUGGAUCAGAGAUAGUUCCUGAAUCAUCGUAUUGGGGAGCAUCAAUAUCAUCUCAUGCAGGUAUGUCAUUUGCUUUUGAUGUUAUGGUAAUGUUUGAAGCAUAAGGCAGAGGAGUACAAAUGUCAACAAUCUCAAGCAAAGUUGAAAAUUAUGCUGUCAAUAUUGCUUUAAUCAUGCAUAUCUUAAACAUUCUCUUUUAUUUAAUUAUGUCUAUAUAUUUAGAUCUAGUCUUUCCUAAUGAAUGGGGUAAAAAAUUACAUCCUUUAUUCUGUAUUCCAUAUUUUAAUAGAUCUCAUAAUAAUCAAUAAAAAAAUCUUAUGAAAAAAUCAUCUUAAGUUCAUUAAGAAAGAUAUGAAGAAGUUGAACAAGCUUUAAAAGAUUAAGAAAGUAGAAAAGAAGUACUCUAAAUUUCUAAUCUUACUAAAAUAUAUCCAAGUGGUAAAUAAGCUGUUAGUAAUGUAAGUUUAACUAUGUAUAUUGGUUAAAUUUAUGCUUUAUUAGGACAUAAUGGUGCUGGUAAAACUACUACUAUUUCAAUGUUAACAGGACUCUUAGAUAUUACAUAGGGAGAAGCAUCUGUAUUUGGGUAUGAUGUUGAAACUUAAAUUGAAGAAAUUAGAUAAUUUAUGGGUGUCUGUCCAUAACAUGAUAUUUUAUUUGAUAAUUUAACUGUUAAAGAACAUUUAGAAAUGUUUGCUACUUUUAAAGGAAUGAAACCUGAAGAUAUUCCAGCAGCUGUCAGAAGAAUGAUUGAAGACGUUGAUCUCUUAGAAAAAACUGAUUAUCUUAGUAAAAAUCUAUCUGGAGGAUAAAAAAGAAGAUUAUCUGUUGCUAUUGCAUUUAUAGGGAAUUCGAAAUUGAUAUAUUUAGAUGAACCUACUUCAGGAAUGGAUACAAGUGCAAGGAGAUAUAUAUGGGAAAUGCUUAAAAAUUAUAAAGAAGAUAGAAUAAUUGUUUUAACAACUCAUUUUAUGGAUGAAGCUGAUUUUCUAGGAGAUCGAAUUGGUAUUAUGGGAGAAGGCAAAUUAUAAUGUUCUGGUAGUAGUGUAUUCUUAAAGAAUCAAUUUGGUAAUGGAUAUAAUCUUACCAUUGUCAAGGAGAGUACUCUUACUGAUUCUGAUCCUAUAAUUGAUAUUAUUAUGAAAACCUGUCCAGAAGCUAUCUUGAUUUCUAAAGUUUCAGCUGAAAUACUUAUGCAAUUACCUUUAGCUUCAGUUAAUAAAUUUCCAAAAUUAUUUGGAGAAUUAGAUACUAAUUUAUAAUCAUUACAUAUAUCUAGUUAUGGAAUAAGUAUUACUACACUUGAAGAAGUAUUUUUAAAGGUUGCUUAAAUAGGAGCUGGACAUCAUUAAGUAAAUGAUUAUAUUGAAAUGGAAGAUAAAAAUAAAUAAGCUGUUUAAAUUGAUGAUUUCGAUAUUAAUUAAAUAAGAGUAACAAAUUCAACUCAAUUAUUUUUUAAUCAUACACUAGCUUUAUUAAUGAAAAGAGCAAGAUUUUUUAAAAGAGAUCUUAAAAGUCUUUGUUGUGAAAUCCUCUUACCUUGUUUAGUUGUACUUCUUGGAUUGAUUUUAAUGACUAUAGAUUUCAUUACUGAACCAAAUAUCAUAAUAUUGACUCCACCAUCUAAUUGUUAUGGUUAAAAUAUUUAGUAUUUAUGGGGAGGAUUGAAUGAUUAAUAAUUAUUUUCUUAGAUAGAUUUAGAAUUGUAUAAUGAAACUAUUUAAGUAUUUGGAGAUGAUAGUUUAAAUAAUCUAUAAAAGAUUGAUUAAAGUUACUUUGAGACAUUUGAUUUAAGAUCAAAUAUUGGGUGGUAUUAUUUGAUAAGUAAUUCAAAUAAUUAAUUUAUAUAUUAUAUGUUUGUAAACACUAUUUUUAGAGAAGCACCUCUAGUUUUAUAAAACUAAAUGAAUUAAGCAAUUUUGAGAACAGCUACAAAUAAUAAUAAUUAUUAGAUAAAAGUUACAAAUUCUCCUUUGAGGAAAACAUAUGAAGAAUUAAAUGGAUCAAAAACAAUAGCUGGAUUUUUAUCUGCUCUUAUUUUUUCAAUGGGUAUGGCAUUUAUUCCUGCAUCAUUAAUAUCAUAUAUAGUAAAGGAAAGAGAAAUUAAUAUUAAACAUUAAUAAUUGGUAUCAGGUGUUUCAGUGAAAGCAUAUUGGUUCAGUAAUUGGUUAAUGGAUUUAGGAAAGCAUGUAAUUCCAGCAGUGGUUUGCUGUUUAUUAAUUUUGGCAUUUGAUAUAUCAGCUUUAAUAGAAGGAGAGAAUUAUGGAUUUUCAUGGUUAAUUUUCUUUUUAUAUGGUUGGGCAAUUAUUCCUUUUUGUUAUUUUUUUAGUUUUGCUUUUAGAUAAUAAGGAAAUGCAAUGUUAUUGAGUUUUUUUAUUCAUUUAUUAGUUGGUUCAAUAAUAAGUUUAAUAGUGUAUAUACUAAGAUUGAUACCAUCAACAAGAGAUGUAGCAACUGUUUUAUAAUGGAUUUUUAGAUUGAUUCCAUCAUUUUCAUUUGCAUAUGGUAUUUUAAAUGCAUGUUCUAAAGAAACUUAUAUGAUAAUGGAAGGAUGGAGUGAAAUGAAGAGUACAUAUGAUAUGGCUGUAAGUGGAGGAGAUGUAUUAAUGUUAUCUAUAACGGGUGCAUUUUAUUUGAUUUGCAUAUUUAUAAUAGAAUACUUUGAAGAUAAUGGAUAAUUAUAAAAAUUGGGUUCAAGUGAAUCUAGUAUUCCAUACAUUCCAAAACCUAUUGAUGAUGAUGUAGCAUAAGAAAAAUAAAAGUGUUUAACAUUUAAACCUGAAGAGAAAGCUAUUCUUGUAAAGGAUUUAAGAAAAGUAUUUAUGUUAGGAGAAGGUAAACAUAAAGUAGCUGUUGAUUAAGUUAGUUUUGCAAUAGAUCAAGGAGAAGUAUUUGGAUUAUUAGGAGUUAAUGGAGCUGGUAAAACUACUACCUUUAAGAUUUUAUCAGGAGAAUUGAAACCUACUAGCGGAGAAGCAUUCAUUGCAGGGAAGAGUGUUAUUACUGAUCUUGAAGCAGCUAGAGUAAAUAUUGGAUAUUGUCCUUAAUUUGAUGGACUUUUAGAUAAUCUUACUGUUCGAGAACAUAUUGAAUUAUUCUCAGAUAUUAAAGGAAUACCAUAUUUUAAAAAAGAUGAAUUAGUUGAAAAAAAACUAAAUGAAAUGGAUUUAAAAAGAUUUGAACAUAUUUAAUCAGGAUAACUUUCAGGGGGUAAUAAAAGAAAAUUAUCAGUUGCUAUUGCAAUGAUUGGAAAUCCUCCUAUCGUAUUUUUAGAUGAACCUUCUACUGGUAUGGAUCCAGAAGCUAGAAGAUUUAUGUGGAAUGUUAUCUCAAGAAUUGCUACUUAAAGAAAAUAGAGUACUAUCAUUUUAACUACUCAUUCUAUGGAAGAAGCAGAAGCUUUAUCUACUAAAAUUGCUAUUUAAGUUAGUGGUAAUUUAAGAUGUCUUGGAUCUGUUUAACAUAUUAAAAAUAAAUUUGGUAAAGGAUAUGAAAUUGAAGUUAAAUUAGAAAAACCAUCAAAAAAUGAAAUUUAAGACUUAGUUCAAAAUAUGGGAUUAUAAAAUAAUUCUAGACUUGAUUAAAAUACUACUGUUGAAACAUUAAGAAAAAUUAAUUCAAGUCAUUUAGAAUAAGAAAUCACUAUGAAAGGUUCAGGAUCUCAUAUUUAUAAUGAUAUUAGAAAACCUAAUGGAUUAGCUGUUGAAACACUUGCUGAAUAUGUUAUUGUAGAAAGAACAGGAGAACUCUUAAAGAACUUUAUUCAACAGAGUUUUGGAUAAUUUGAAGUGAUUGAGCAUUUCCAAACUUUCUAUAGAUUUAGACUUCUUGGAUAAAUUACUGUUAGUAAACUCUUUUAAGGAUUUGAAUAAAAUGUAAUUUUAUUAAUUUAAUAAUUUAGAAAAAACAAUAUAGAAUUUCCCAGUAUUCCAUUAAAUAAGCAUCAAUUGAAUAGAUUUUCAAUAACUUUGCAAUUUAGGAUUCUCAAUAAUAGUAAAAGCACGAGGAUGUUUAAGGAAAUUAAAUUGCAGUUUAAAUUUAAUAAAAUUCUUGA